GUGAGCACUGCCUGCCUCGGCGCGACAUAUCCUCACUCCGUCGACAGCCACACACGAGGAGGGAGGAAGUCGGUGCGCCGCGCGGAGGACCGUCACUCGACAUCACUCACUUGCCUUUGACGUCGACCAAGUGCUUCCCGUUUAUUUUCUUUCUUUUUUAUUUGCUCUUUAUUUACUUCUGAGAUCCACGCCAAAGGCUCUAGAAACUUGCUUGCUUCUUUAGACACGAGAAGGACUUACCAACUUCAUGAGAAGUGUAGACUCAUUAUUACCGAAAAGUCACCAACUCGUCUUCAGUCUUCAAGAUGUUCGAAAAAGGUCUUCCGAACAUGCACGUCCUCUUACAGGUGUUUCCACUAGGUGCUUGCCACGUCAUCAUGCGGCCUGGUGUAUGCAGGUAUGAUGACGUCAUGGGGAUUCCCCGCGGUGGCGUUACCUGAGAUGAACCUUCCAGACUCCAAUAUACACUUCAAGGGCGAACAGGCCAGCUGGUUCGCCAGCGUGCCGUUGUUCAUGUGCAUUCCGGGAUCUCUCGUUGGAGGACUCUUGUGCGAGAAGGUCGGGCCCAGGAGACUCCAACUCUUCCUGGCUCCCGUGCUUUGCGUCUCGCUCAUGGUCAUGCACGUGGCGUCCUGGCAGAGCGUGCAGGAGGCAGGCGCGGCAGAGGCGGUUCUUCUGGUCAGCAGGGUUGUCCAGGGCACUAUGGUGGCCUUCUUGUUCUCGGUGAUGUCCGUGUACCCAUGCGAGAUGAGCGACGAGCGGAUGCUGGGGACACUCACGAGCCUCACCGACGCCUGGGCCUCUUUCGGCCUGCUCCUCUGCUACCUUCUGGGACGGUACUUGUCCUGGCCGACGCUGUCCUGGACGUUGCCUCUAGUCACACUCGUGCCUGGAUUCCUCGGCCUCCUGCUGUCCCCGGAAUCCCCCCUGUGGAUGGCACGAAAGGGGAUGGACAACGAAGCCAGGGAGACCCUCACCCGCCUCAGAGGAACGCCCGAGGAAGUCAACGAAGAGCUCCGGGUGGUGCGGAAUACCCGCGAGAAGGACAGCAUCACUUGCAUGGAAUCCCUGCGGCUGGCGGCGAAGGUGGAGAACGUGAAGCCGAUGGCCAUCUCGGCCUGCAUUCUCGUCAUGAAGCAAAUCUCCGGGUCGUCGGCGCUCAUGAUCUACAUCGUCAGGAUCUUCCAGGUGGCGGGCGUCGGCUUUGACCCUCACUUUAGCUCCGCCCUCGUAGGCGUAGCUCGCCUCUGCUGCAACUUCGUGGGCUCGGCCUUGAUCAUGAGGCUGCCCCGGAAGGCCCUGCUGAUCAGCGGCAGCGUCACGACGGCCGUCACCACCACCGCCAUCGCCAUCUUCUUCUACCUUCAGAGCAGAGGCAACGACAUUUCCUCGCUGAGCUGGCUCCCCAUCAUCUCGCUAGUGCUCUUCAUGAUAGGAUACUCGGCGGGGGUCAGCCCUUCGGCGUGGCUCGUGUCUGUCGAGAUCCUCCCGGGUCCUGUUCGGUCUCUGGGCUUCGGCGUCGGUUUAACCUGCUACUCGAUUUCAUCCUUUGUGGUCUCCAAGACCUUCGAGGACGUGGCUGCGGCGUGGGGUCUCUAUGGCCUUUUCUGGUCUUACGCGGCCGGAAGUGUGUCCUAUAUCCUCCUGCUGGUGUUCCUUGUUCCUGAGACCAGGGGACGUUCCCGCCAGGAGAUCGAGGACAUUUGGUAUGGGAAGAAAGAGGAAUCGCUGGUGGAAAAAUCCGUGCCUUGAUUCUGCGCUCAGAGUCAUUGGUACCAGAACCUUGGGGAUAAAAAGUCAAAUGUUAUCCCAAUUCUGAUAACUGUUCAUUAAAGUUACUGUUAUAAUAUUUUCAACUGGUAUUGAUCGUGAUCUCAGACAAGAAUCUUAUAUCUUUUUUUUCUAAACUUGCACCAAGGAGACACGUCGACCCCGCGAAAGCACAGGACAUGAGGCGACCAUCCGAAAGGGCAAAGACCCCAGACUAUUUCAAGAAUUGUGUUAACCUCAGAUGAAACCAAUACCGGUGACUACAGAUCAUAUUUAGAAGUGAGACGACCUCAGGACAUUCCAGGAGUGACGGCUUCAGAGUGACUUUAAAAAAAAUUAGGGAAGAAUGGCGUUAUUUUGCACUUAUUCUGAAAAUUUUCAUCUUACUGAGCCUGAUUUAAUCUCAACGUUGCAUCCUUUUAUAAAGGAAGUGCUUUGUAUUUUGUAUAACCGUUAUAGUACGAAUGGAAAACAUACUUUAUAUGAAUAAAAUAGUAGAAAUGAA